GAGCGCCGUAUAAUCUCUCUCGAAUCGAAAUGAUCAUCAAGACCGUGGGUCUACUCUUCCUGUUGGCUGGCCAAGUCUAUGGCCAGUCGUUCAGUUUUGGAAUCCCCAUUUACAACCUGAAUAGCAUAUACUCCGCUCUAACCGGCACGAGAGGCAGCUCCAGCUCAGGAUCGUCUGGUGGCGGUGGCGGCAGCAGCAACAACGACGAUGCUCAGGCUGACUACGAUGCCUACCUGAGUGAAUACUACAGCAACUACUGGCAGAACUUCUACCAGAGUCAGGCGCUCUAUGGUCCCUAUAGACCAUAUGGUCCCUAUAGGCCUAGGCCAUUUCCUACUGGACCACCACCAACGCGAGCACCAACCUCAGCCCCAAUCACAACCUCCACAGCUGUCAUACCCACUGUGGGUCCCAUCACAACUUCCACCGCGGUCGCACCCACUGUGGGUCCCAUCACAACUUCCACCGCGGUCGCACCCACUGCCGGCCCUGUAACAACUUCCACUGCAGUCGCACCUGUGAACCCGGACACCACUUCGACAGCCGUCCCACCUGUAAAAACGGACACGACUGUGGAUGCAGUGCGACCUAAACGGUUCCGCACCACUCCCCUGCCUUUCCACUACGUUCCCGGCACCUUCCUCAGUCCCUACGAUCUGCACCGCAUUAACUCCAACCCGAUCGACGAGCAAGGUGUGGGCUCAGCCUCAGCAGCAUCGGCAGCAGGCACAUCGGCAGUCUAUAUCCCAUACGAUGCCGUCCUCCAUCGCCGAACGCGUCCAAGUCCUUACUUUGAAGUGGAUGGUAAGAAAUAG